AUGUUAGAGGGUGAAGAAUCAAGACUCAACCUGACACCGGCUCCCCGUGACUCACCGUUCAACAUACCGGUCAAACGCAGGCGUGUAGAUGGAGAUUUUGAGGGUGACGAGUCGAAUGCCAGUCUAACUGGAGCCAGUUACAGUUCAUCCCGAACAAGAUUUGCCUACCGAGUGUCAUCGACUGCACGUGGACCUGUAGAAUUUUUCAAGGAACAAGAUACCCAUGGCAAGUGGAUCAAAAUACAUAACUCUUCAAAUGAUGAAAUGAAUUUAGGUGGAUGGGAACUUGUUCAUGAAGCUGAUGGUCACGAGACUCGUUUCAAAUUUUCACGGGCUUUCUCCUUAAAACCUGGAGCAUUAUGCACAAUUUGGAGUCAAGAUGCUGAAGGCAAUUCACACAAUCCUCCUGCUGAUUUAACUAUGAAGAAUAAAAGUUUUCAUCCUGGCACUGAUGUCACAAUUCUAUUACUUGAUGCAGAUGGUGAAGAACAAGCCAAAUGCACAGUUAAACGAGAAAAAAUUCGUCCUGGAGUUAAUUUUGAUCGUAAAUCCGGUGUUCGUGCUCAUGAUGAGAAAUGUCAUCUCAUGUGA